GACCCCCCCCCUCCCCGGGGAGACUACGGUAGAUCUCAGAUCGGAACUCUCAUUGAUCGUUUCUCUCGGGUUAAUAUACGCGGUCGCGAGGACGGAGGAAGCUCGAAUCGGUUCCUUUCUUGCUCAAUUCAGCCAGUGAGAAGGUCUUAUGAUCUGUUUCAUCGAGUACUUUUGUCCUUCCACUAAGGCUGUUGUGGUUGGUAUUUUGCAGUCCUGGUGUUUUUAAUAUGGGUGAGCAUUUGUGCUGUGACAAUUUGGGGAAAAGAGCCAUCAGAAAUGCGUUAGCUAGUACUUAUCAUUUCUCUCUCCUCCUUUCUCCUGUUGUUUCCUUUUGGGAUUGCAUUUUUCGUAAAAUCAGAUAUUCCUUCAGACCGGAAUGGGUGUAGGUUUGUGGUAUUAACCUUUCAAGUAGUCUUUAUAUUUCUGGCAAAGAAUAGUUGGGAAGAUUUUUGAAAUUUUAGGUUGAAGCUCUAGAGUGGUUUCAGAAGUCAUCUUGUCUGGGUAUUAGUCAUUUGAAUAAAUAAGCUGAAAUUGACAUCUUAGAGGGAUAAUUAGUCAAUGGAGAAAGUAAAAUGUGGUCAGGUAAGUCCAGUCUUGAAGAAAGGAAAAAAGAAGCAGGCCAAGGGUGAGUUGGAUCGCCUGAAGCAGGCUGAGAAGAAAAAGAGGCGCUUAGAGAAAGCACUUGCAACCUCUGCAGCCAUACGUUCUGAAUUGGAGAAGAAAAAACAGAAGAAGAUAGAAGAACAGCAAAGGUUGGAUGCAGAAGGUGCUGCAAUCGCUGAGUCAGUUGCUCUUCAUGUCCUUGUAGGGGAGGACACAGAUGAAUCCUGUCAUUUCAUGGUGAAGGAUGCUAGUGAACAUAGCCCAUGGGAGUAUUCACAUAGUAUUGAUCAUUUAAUGGGUUAUCAAGGCUUAGCAAAAUAUUCUUCUGGCAAUGGACUGGGGUGGGCAACCGAAGCACAUGUCCCUGCAUGGAAGUGUAACAAUUGGGGGAUCGGACUGCCAUUGCCAUCUCAAUUUCACCUGAAAGAUUUUCGCUCAUCAGCUUAUGAUGAAGCUGGUCGAGGAGCAGAUAUCUCUGCAGGAUUAGAGGCUGCACAGGCUGUUGCAUCACUGCAGAUUGCAGAAGAUUCACAUGGUGCUCGAUUUGAUGGUCAGGGAGCGGCAACUGUUGUUAUUAAUAAACUGCUGGGAGGCAGCAAUACCGGUGACAAAUUCAACAUUUACAGGAAGAUAUAACAUAAUUCUGAUAAGCUUGUAAAUAGCUAUAACAAAUUUCCCCUCGCUCUAGUGAGACUGCAUAUUUCUGUUGAGUUUUGUUCUAUAUCUUGCAAAAUGUUUGUAUUGUGAUAAUGUGUUUGAAAGAGGCUCUCAUUUUUAUGCAGUUUGGUAAUAACUAUAUGUAUAUUGGUACUUGUUCA